CAUUAAUUUACCAUUAAGUAUAUAUAUACUAUAAUUGAUACUUCUGUGUAUAUGUGUUCAUUUUUAUUGACAAUUAAUGAGUUUGGUUUCAUAUCGCCAUCCUGUAUACACUACCAUGACACUGAUAAAACGCUCGUUGUUCGUUAUUUUCAUACUCGCCGAAGAUGGUAAGCAGAUAUAAACUACGAACAUACGUCUUAGUCAUUCUUAAAUCAUAUACUGGUUUCAUCAAGUUUUAAGAUUGCUUGAACUUGUGUUUAUACUGUAAUGAAUGUGGUAUAUAGUGAGGGACGAAUAUGUACUAUAUUCCAACCCUGCAAUUAGUGGGAUCAAUUGCGACAAGCAUGAUUAUACUACAUAGUUUUAACUAUUGCAUAAAAAGAUACAGUAACUCUCAAUAGAAUAACUUUUCCUCCUUAAAAUUGACGUCCAGCAGCUCGGGCUUAUCUGUGCUCCGUCAUCCGACACCAGUCGCAAGGUGGCUGCUAGGGGCGUCACCAAGUACUAAGCAUAAUAAAUAACAACAGUAACUUGUAUAGUACUGGCAUUUCAGCUAUGCCAAUACAUCUAUUACUAAAACUUUGGGAGUUAAGCGUUGGCCGCGGCGUAAGGGUUAAGAAUAAUACAUUACAUAUUAAAUUGCCGAUUCCAGACCUUUGUUCUCAUGUGACUAAAACUUAUUUUCAUAGAAUUAGUAUUAAGCCUAUUAAGUUCAAGCAGCUUCAGUAAUUUUCACUUCAAAAAGAUACAUAUUUUUUCAUGUAAGGUUUUCCAAAUUUUAGUCUAAUACUUGCGACCGGAUGUCAUAGACAUACAGUAUAGUUGUCUACUGUGAUUCUGUAUCUUUAACUUUAUAAUUUAAAAAUUCAGAACAAUUGCUUCAAACAAGAGAGCAAUAAUCAAAAUGAGGUAGGAUUAGCGUAAUCAGGAUAAUUUCUAACGUAUCUUUAAUUUAAGAACAAAAGAUCUACGCAAAUUCGUAUCAUUGCCAAUUCUUUUACAAAUGAUGAUUCAAGACAAUUCCAUCAAGAGGAUGUCUUCUUUCUUCUCCUCUGCCGCGUCGCCCAUGAGCAGAAUAACCGUUGUUUGUUUGAUCUCACGACAGCUACUCUGAAUUUGAAAGGAAAAAUACGUCUCGUAGUUCCGAGCAAAAGUCCUUCUUCAUGAGACUAUAAGUGCUCUUGACGAAGAACCUUCAGAUUGAGCAGUUUUAUAUUUUGUGGAUACUUUAUCAAGUUCCACUUCCAUAUCGUAUAUAUAUAUCAUAUGAAAGUAAAACGUCUGGACAAAUGUAUUGAAACUUCGCCUAUUCCCUGUUCACAGACUUCAACAAAAAAUAUACGCAAUUAUACGCAACGUUACGAUACAACAUUAACAUGCACCAGGCAAUAAGCAUAUACGGUAGGCAUGGUCCACUCCAUUCUCGUGCCCAGAAUACUGAUGCAAAUUCAGUGGAGUAAAAUAGCCUAAAUCAUUCAAUCAUUGGCUUAAUAUUAGUUUUCUUAUUAUUUAUUGAUUGUCUGAAAUGCGGAUUACACAUGUGAAAUAUUGUUCGUUUUCGCUGGUUUACUAGUUCUUGAGCCUAAUUACAAUUAUAUAAAGAAGCUUUCAAUUUUGUACUGAAUAUACUAUACAAGAUGAAGGCUUAUGUAGUUUACACGCCAUUCCGUCAUGCGACAUACGAAAACAUCUUGAUUCACGAAGGGUUCACUUGGUGACACGUGACAGAUCUUUCAUUAGAAACUCGUAAGAAAGAAAUCAAAGAAAAUAUAUAGGCUUUUCCAACACCUAUAUAUUGCAUAACAUUAAACAUGCAUAUAGUUAGAGGCGGCGUUUAAUCUAGUAUGUACGACAUAUUUCUAUUUACCUAUUUUUGACAAUUAUACGUAAAAACCAAUUCUAUAGUUUCCGCGACCAGCUACAUUGCCUACGUCCCCCACAUGCAUGCGUUUCAAUAAUUCCGAGUUCAGAUCUACAAUAUAUACAUGUAUGUCCGGAAAAGUAAAAAAGGCCCGGGAAAGUCCAAAUAAAAACAUAAUACAAAUAAUAACACAAACAUGCAUAAUACUCAGAAAUUCCAGGAAAGUAGAAAGAACAACCUUCGUUGAAAAAAAUCGACCCACGCUGCAACUCUACAAUCUAUACAUGCAUGCAUGCAUGUGAUCGUGAGACAAUUUAAGCUCGGUUAAUCGAGGUUGAAAUUCAUCCCUGGCUCAAAACUCUUCAUGUAUGUAAUCAGCCCCUGACCCUGACACUGUUUCUUUCCAUUCACAGUUGUUUCAAUUCAGAUGUGUGCUGACAAAUGGAAAGGCUGGGGCAAUUCAUGCUAUUUAUUUGUUACAUCAGCUGGUGCAAACUAUGAUCCACCGCCAUCGAACUGGAAUAUGUCUCGAGCAUAUUGCUUAAACAAAGGGGCAGAUCUGGUUUCUCUUACGACUAACGGUGAAUUUGAAUUCGUAUACAGUAAUACAAAUAAUUUGGCAUACUGGAUUGGGUUGAGAUACAAGAAGACAAAGCUACGUAAAGAUGCACACUGGGCUUGGAGCAAUGGAGAUAAGCUUAAUUUUACGGAAUGGAACAAGGGGGAACCAAAUAAUCUUGAAACAGAACACUGUGUUGAAAUUUUAAAGGGCUUGAAAUUCUGGAAUAACAAAGGAUGUGACAAAAACCAAGCUUUGGCAUGGAUAUGUGAAAAACCAAGAGAUGCUAAAACAUCUCUGAAAACUGUUAAGAAAAUUCCAUCCACAGGUAUAUAUAACUAACAAAUAUCGAAUUGUUGGCCAAGUUGCUUCGUGGCAUAUUACUAACACAUACUGCGGCUAAUUGAGAUUUAGAAUAAAAUCUUAAAGUAAAUGAUGAUUUCAGUAUCGUUAUGUGUCUUAUGUUAAUUAUCUGAAAGUAUGACGCCAUAUAUAGCUUGAUAUAUCUCUACAUAGCGCGACUCUAUGAUAUCGGCGGGCACGUCCUGAGUACGAAGUUGAUUGCAGAGAUGUUGUCUAGUCUGGUAGGAAAGACGUGGGGCAAAAAGGGAAGUUCCAUCUCCCAGCUAUAAACAGCCCUAAGACCUCGAAAAAUAUCCCUUAAAAUUUCACGAAUUUUUCUAAUAAAUCCGUUAGAAUCCAUAUAAAAUCCCUAAAAUUGAAAAACAAAUUCUAAAAAUCUCAGAAAAUCUCUAAAAUUUUCAAACCACAAAUCCUGAAAAAAUCUCGAAAAAAUCCCCGAAAAUCCCAAAGGAUUUUCGAAAUCCCAAAAAUCUCGUACACUUGAAGUGAUACAGCCUUCGGCCUUGUGCGCGUGUAUAUGUACAGUCAGAGUACGUUACAUUUGCAAAUCAACAUGAGAGUUGUGAGCUGUUAUAAAGAGAUAUAUUGGUGGUAUUUUUCAGCACCCUCGAAGCCCACGACAACGACGAAGAGAAAAAACUCCAAACCUUCAAUUAUUACUUCGACAAAAGGUAAUCUCGAAUAGCCAUUUUGAAGUCACAAUCUUAGAUUGAGGCUUCUUGAUCAACAACAACUGUAAUAUUAUUGUUUGAGGUCUUCAAUAUAGAAAAAUACGAUAUCUUCAAUAUGAUUUUAGAAGUUGACAAAAUUUCCAUUCAUGUUUAUAGUCGUUCCUAUGACUACAACAAAAACGAAGCCAACAAAGGGUAUGAGUUACUCGAAUUGCGGACUCGUGUAGUUUUGAUACUUUGAUAGGAUUUGAACUAAAACUCAUGAACACGAGCAUUUUUUUCCAAUUCCACUCAUUUUUGGACCAGGAACUGAUCCCCCAACCUCGUACCCAGGACUAGUCGCGAAUUGAAGGCGGCGACAUAGCCCUGGUAAACGCUGGUCACGUGUCAGGCAAAUACUCCAAGAUUCUUGGAGUAUUAGCCUGCGAGCGGCACUCUCCUCCGCAGAGGCUUUGUAGAUCUUUGUAGUUUGUUUUCUUUCUAUAUUGUAGUUUGUUUUCGUUCUAUAUAUAACUGAAGUUUGACUAUAGAGUUUGCGGGC